CCAUCUCAUCUUGACAAAUGCCUGCUCCAGAAGUCGACACUAGUACUAUAAGCGCACGUCCCGCACUCGGACAUGUAAACCUAAUGGUCGAUACUUUGAUCGCCAAUGCAUCUCUCGACGAUCUCCGAACGAUCGUCCGCUCCAUGCUCGCAACAAGCCCACCAAGCGUUGCAGCUUGUUUUGUAUCCGCAGCACGCGGCUGCCUCAGUCAAUCCAUGGAACGGGGCAUAAGCAAACAACCAGUGCUCUUCGAACAGCGAGAACGGCACGGACGGGUCGAGAUCACACCUAGCGCUUGUCUAACCAGCCUGUUGUCAUAUACACGCACGCUUUACGGUGCCGGCAUGGGAUUUGAAAGCCUAGAUACUCUGUCUAGGAUUGUACAUGCAACUGCUGGAUUGCGGUGGGACGCAGACGACCGGCUGGUCCUUGACCUUGCUAUCAUCGAUGCAGAUGUCAGCCAGGCAAUUCAAAGCUGCCGAGAGGAAUACACAGCGGGCAAUGUCCGAGAUAUUAACACUGCUAGAACAGCACUACGGAAGCUCCGAGCGGCGUUGACGGAGUGCCGAGCGGAGGUGGAGAGCUGGGGCGGCGAGUUCCCGUUUUACAGAGGAAGUGCCAACGCGGAUUAUUUACACCUGUAGCAUACUGAUAUGUUCAAUUAUUCCAAU